UCCGUGGCGAACACGACGGCUGGAACAACUGGUUCGUUUACACACGGCUCAACCAAACGGACCCUCCGACUCUCAUAAACUUUGCCUACAUCCAUCUCGAAGGAUCAGGCCCUGAAGUCGAACAAUUCGUCGAGAAAGCUUGUUCGCUUGUCGAAACCGGCGCAAUCACCAAAGAUGUAUCUGAAUUUGUCUCAGGUGCUUGCUACAUUUGCAAUUCUCAGUCUAGCAAAUGGCCAAAUCUUCGUGAGUGGUGGGGAAUCGACGGAGACGGACGUCACUAGUGUAGCUUCUACUUUGGCUACUGAGUUCGUUGUGGCUUCCACCCCAAACUCUCCUAAGCCGGACGUUGACGAUACUGUCCUGCCCCGCGACACAAAGUUCUGUACCAACAGAAGAGAGAAUAUCAACGAGGGAGGUUGUGCAAAGACAAAAGGGUUUGGAUAUGCGAGCGCUCACAACUGCAAGGGCGGCAACUCUUACUCUUGCAAGCGUGGCGGCAAUGUUGAAUGUCUCACUCUCAAGGCGGCCAAGAAGCAGGGGUUAGAGGGAGGCUACUGCUACACUGCUAAGUAACGGUUGAAUUGGUGUUUCUGCUGCCCUAGUUAUUUUUUCCUACCUUGUGGUCUUAUAUCUAAAUCAAAACAUUCGUUUAACUACAGUGGGCACGUAUGAUAUAAAUC